CUCACAAUUCUUCAAACUUUAACCUCAAAUUCACCAAUAUCUCCUAAUUUUCUUCUUCAAAUUUCAUCUUCUCUUUGUUGCUGACAUUUAAAUAAUUUUGACCAGUAUUCUUGCAUUUUCCUUAUCUCCUUCCGAUUUAGAGGGAAAUUACAUUUCUCCCCCUAUUUUUCCUCAUUUGUCUCUAUAUAUCGUCCAAACAAGAAAAACCGGAGUUUUCUCCUCUCCAUUUCCCCGAUCCAAACAGAGGGAAGAAUAUCUUCUCCCAAACACACUGUAAAUGGAACUCUCGCUUCUCAAGUGCUAUAAUUCAAAUCAAGAAUUUUGAUUUCUUCUCUGCACAUAAAUGGCAAAGGGAAAGAAGCUAAAAGGAAAAAUUCAAGAACAUGAAGACAAGCUGGUGAUAGAAGUGAGCAGCGGCGACGAUGACGACGACGCCAACGAGGAUUUGAGUAUGAGUAUAGUUGAGAGAGAGCUUCUAAUGGGGGCGGUCAAAUUGGCUCAAAACGACAACAACGGUGUCGUUUUGGAUGAUGAUAAUGUGUCUAAGAACGACAACGGCGUUGUCGUUGUCAGCAGUGGCAGUGGUAGUGAUAGUGGGGAGGGGGAGGUGGUGGAGUUGGCAUCACCCUCGUCUUUGGAGGUUGAAACGGUGGUUAAGGUUUCCACUUCGGUUAAGAAAAGGAAGGAGAAGAAGAAGAUUCAAAAGAUGGAAACUGGAGAUCAAUCCGCUGUUACUGCAAAGCAAGAAGACAAGGUAGAAACAAUCGGAAAAGUGGAGACAAUGGAGAAUGCUGAGGCUGUUCAUACCACACUGGAAUUGCUUGAAAAUGUGUACACAGGUGUUGUUGAGAUGCCUGGGAAUAUUGUGCUGCGAAAGCUUCUUCGGGGCCGGAGAUAUUUUGAUCCUCUGGACAGUGGAUGGUCGACGUGCUAUAAUUGUGGCGAGGAAGGUCACAUGGCCUUGAAUUGUCCAUCAAUUCAGAAGAAGAAAAGGCCAUGCUUUCUUUGUGGGAGUUUGGAGCAUGGUUUUAAGCAGUGUUCCAAGCAACGAGUCUGCGUUAUUUGUAAAUCAAGUGGCCACCGUCCUAAUCGUUGUCCAGAGAAACAUAAGGGUGGUCCUCAAAGUUCAAAAGUAUGUUUAAAAUGCGGAGAUUCUGGGCAUGAUAUGUUUUCAUGCAAGAACAAUUAUUCUCUUGAUGAUCUCAAGGAGAUACAGUGUUACAUCUGCAAGAGUUAUGGCCAUCUAUGUUGUGUGAACUUUGUUGAUAAUAUUCCAAUAGAAGUUUCUUGCUAUAAAUGUGGUGAACUGGGCCAUACUGGUUUGGAAUGCUUAAGUUUGCACAAGGAAGCCACUACUACAGCUUCAUCUAGUUUAUGCUACAAAUGUGGUGAAGGAGGACAUUUUGCGUGGGAGUGCGUAAGUUCUUUGAAGGCUGGGAAGAGGAAUCAUGAAUUAUCAACCCCUGCUUUGAGGGCUCAUAGAGAAAAUAAAGAAGUUAUGGAAUUCAAAUUUGCUCGUUGAGAUCUUGGCAAGUCUCGUAAAAGGAGAAAAAAAUGAAGAAUGAAGCAAUGACUCCAAAAUAUCCAAACAAAUAGGUGGACGGCUAACAGUGGAACCUGAAGAUUGAUCCAAGUCCAAAAGGAACCAUUGGAGUUCUCCUUCAACACCAUCUUAUACAGGUCACAAGAUUGCUACUGUAACAUAUGGUGGUCUGAUGUCAAAUUCUCAACCUUCCAAGAGAAUGUACAAUAGUCAUUCAGGUAUUUUGGGCUCUUAGUCUUCUAACAAAACACAAAAUAGCCAUUUAGGAUCUUCAGCAUUUUUAAGGUUUGACUGCAGCUUUUCCAGAAUAGAUUUUUCGCAUCAAGGUUUAGCAGCUCCGAGAAGUGCUGGGUUUAGGGGAAAUUAUUUGUGGUAGGACCUUAAGUUUGUAAACAACAGCAAAGGGAUUUUAAACUUGUUCACUUUUCUGAUUUGUCCGAUACUGUAUAACCUUAUGACAACCCAAGCUUUAGUACUGUGUAACCUUAUAACAACCCAAGCUUUAGUUUUAAGUUAUUUAUUAUGGAAUCCAUUUUUUCGUUA